AUGCUCUAUCCCUACGGGUCGACGCUCUAUCCGCGAGUCUAUGCUCUAUCCCUACGGGUCGACGCUCUAUCCGUGAGUCUAUGCUCUAUCCCUACGGGUCGACGCUCUAUCCGUGAGUCUAUGCUCUAUCCCUACGGGUCGACGCUCUAUCCGCGAGUCUAUGCUCUAUCCCUACGGGUCGACGCUCUAUCCGCGAGUCUAUGCUCUAUCCCUAUGGGUCGAUGCUCUAUCCGCGAGUCUAUGCUCUAUCCCUACGGGUCGACGCUCUAUUGCGAGUCUAUGCUCUAUCCCUACGGGUCGACGCUCUAUUGCGAGUCUAUGCUCUAUCCCUACGGGUCGACGCUCUAUCUGCGAGUCUAUGCUCUAUCCCUACGGGUCGACGCUCUAUCUGCGAGUCUAUGCUCUAUCCCUGCGGGUCGACGCUCUAUCUGCGAGUCUAUGCUCUAUCCCUGCGGGUCGACGCUCUAUCUGCGAGUCUAUGCUCGAUCCCUGCGGGUCGACGCUCUAUCUGCGAGUCUAUGCUCUAUCCCUACGGGUCGACGCUCUAUCUGCGAGUCUAUGCUCUAUCCCUACGGGUCGACGCUCUAUCUGGGAGUCUAUGCUCUAUCCCUACGGGUCGACGCUCUAUCUGGGAGUCUAUGCUCUAUCCCUACGGGUCGACGCUCUAUCUGGGAGUCUAUGCUCUAUCCCUACGGGUCGACGCUCUAUCUGCGAGUCUAUGCUCUAUCCCUACGGGUCGACGCUCUAUCUGGAGUCUAUGCUCUAUCCCUACGGGUCGACGCUCUAUCUGCGAGUCUAUGCUCUAUCCCUACGGGUCGACGCUCUAUCUGUAAGUCUAUGCUCUAUUCCUACGGGUCGACGCUCUAUCUGUGA